AUGGAGCACUGUGAGUACCCACAUACAUGAAUACAUCAUUGUAAGUACCAGCAGAGGCUCUCACUCUGAGCUACCAGACUACCCAACUACCCCCAUAUCAAUCUCAGUGGAGAAGAGAAGCCAGCCACCACCACUGCCUCCAUUGAACUGAACAGCAUUGAACUGUGUGCCUGGUAGACUUCAGAUUCCAUUUUCCCCCUCUCUUUGUGUCUUCUACUCAUCCCUCAUAUAUCUCCCAUCAACCACAGUAUGUUCAGGUCCUAAAGGGCUUCUCUGUUCUGGUGUGUCAUAUACAAUCUCCCCUCAGCGCCAUUGAGCUCAUAACCAAUUAGGGCUUAUCUAAGGCUGUUUUAGACUGAGCGUGGUCUGGCUCGCAGGGCUAUGAGCACAAUCAAUACAUCAAUAGGCAAACUGUACUGUAGUACCGUUGUAGAGAAUGGGCUACUUUAUGUCAUGUAGGAAGUGUAUGCUCUCUAUACAAUAGGGACAUUUGGUUUGGUUUGGUAUUGUAAAUGUUAUGACUGGGUGUAUGGGUUUGUUGGUGGUCUCUAUGUCUAUGUACAAGAAUGUGGAAAUGAAUUGCCUUCUUGGAGGACAAUAAAAUCUAAUCUAAUGUGCUCGGUAGGCUUCUGUAGAAGCAUGGCAAAGCUUGGGCUACACUCUUCGAAAAAAAGGUACCAUCUAGAACCUAAAAUAGUAGAAUCCUUUGAAUAACCCUUUUUGGUUCCAGGUAGAACCAAAAACUAGCUCCUGUUUGAUCUCAUUACUAGCUCAAACACUUAAUCUGCAAAAAUGACAAGUUAAUUAGUGGGUGAUAGUGAUUUCAGAACCAAUGUGGAAGGACCAUGACUUACAGUCAUGUGUGCAUACAUUUUUACGUAUGGGUGGUCCCGGGGAUCGAACCCACUACCCUGGCGUUACAAGCGCCAUGCUCUAACAAUUGAGCUACAGAGGAUUAAUUAUAAUUACAAUUAUACUCAUUGUAUAAUGAGUAAGAUGUCUUCAUAUCUGCGUAGUCGUAGAAGUAGAGGAGCUUCUCCCUCCUGUCUCCUGAUUCUGCCUCUUCGACCCUACUCUGCUCCCUUUCUGCAUCCAAUGACUUGCACUUUCUUCCCGGCCGGCUCGGCCCUCCCCUCCUGCCCUCCCUUCCUUACCUUUUUCUUUUUCCAGAUGAAAUCCUGCAACUAGUGAGGUCCGGCCGCCCGACAACCUGCCCGCUCGACCCCAUCCCCUCCUCCCUUCUCCAGACCAUCUCUGGAGACCUUCUCACUUCCUUCAUCACCGGUUUGGCCGGUGUAGGCCGUGAUUGUAAAUAAGAAUUUGUUCUUAACUGACUUGCCUAGUCCCCUCUCACUUCAAAAUGGCCAGAGUCACUCCCCUCCUCAAGAAACCAACACUCGACCCCUCUGUCGUCAAAAACAGCAGACUGGUAUCCCGUCUUUCUUUUCUUUCCAAAACACUUGAGCAUGAUGUCUCUGACCAACUCUCUCGCUAUCUCUUUCAGAACGAUCUUCUUGACCGUAACCAGUCAGGCUUCAAGAAGGGGGUCACUCAACCGAGACUUCUCUCCUCUGUGUCACGGAGGCUCUCCGCACUACCAAAGCUGACUCUCUCUUCUGUUCUCAUCCUCCUAGAUCUAUCCUUUGCCUUCGACACCGUGAACCAUCAGAUCCUCCUCUCCACUCUUUCAGGGCUGGGCGUUUCAGGCUCUGCACACUCUUGGAUUGCAUCUUACCUGGCAGGCCAGUCCUACUAGGUUGUGUGGAGAGGAUCUGUGUCUGCAUCACGUGCUCUCACUACUGGUGUCCCCCAGGGCUCGGUUGUAGGCCCUCUCUUCUUCAAGUCACUCAGCUCCGUCAUAUCCUCACAUGGUCUCUCCUAUCGUUGCUAUGCGGAUUGCACUCAACUACUACUCUCUUUCCCCAUUCUGACACCCUGGUGUCCCCCUCCCAGAGUGCAAAUAAUAACCUUGGCAUGAUCCUGGACAACACCCUGUUGUUCUCUGCAAAUUUCAAAGCAGUGAUUCACUCCUGCAGGUUCAUGCUCUACAACAUGCGUAGAGUACGACCCUGCCUCACACAGGAAGCGGUCUAGGUCCUAAUCCAGGCACUUGUCAUCUCCCGUCUGGACUAAUGCAACUCUCUGUUAGUUGGGCUCCCCGCUUGUGCCAUCAAACCCCUGCAACUUAUCCAGAACGCUGCAGCCCACCUGGUGGUCAACCUUCCCAAGUUCUCCCAUGUCACCCCGCUUCCCUACACACUCCACUGGCUUCCAGUUGAAGCUCGCAUCCACUACAAGACCAUGGUAUUUGCCUACGGAGCAGCAAGAGGAACUGCCACUCCCUACCUUCAGGCUAUGCUCAAACCCUACACCUCAACCCGAGUACUCUGUUCUGCCACCUCUGGUCUCUUGGCCCUCCCAUCCCUACGGGAGGGCAGCUCCCGCUCAGCCCAGUCAAAGCUCUUCUCUGUCCUGGCACCCCAAUGAUGGAACCAGCUUCACCCUGAAGCUAGGACAGCAGAGUCCCUGUCCAUCUUACGAAAACAUCUGAAACCCUACCUCUUCAAAGAAUAUUUUAAAUAAUCCCAGCAGAAUAACUCGAGCCCUGCAUUUUUUCUGACCACGGAAAAUGCUGUAUCUUUGUCAAUUCAUAAUGGUCAGGUGCAGGUCCAUAUGAAGUUCUACAAGGUGCUAUUUUGCUGGAAUACCCUGUAAAAUGCCAAUUUCUCGUUCUCUCUCUCCGUUCUCCUCAGUGCACUACCAGAAGAUAGUCCACCGGGACAUCAAGCCUGCUAACGUGCUGCUGGGGGACGACGGCCAUGUGAAGAUUGCUGACUUUGGGGUCAGUAACCAGUUUGAGGGCAACGAUGCCCUGCUCUCCUCUACGGCUGGGACUCCUGCCUUCAUGGCCCCAGAGACCCUGUCAGACAUCCACCAGAGCUUCAGUGGCAAGGUAGGGUCAAAGAGUGUGUGUGUGUGUGUGGGAGAUGGGCGGGGGGUGGGUCAGUGUUCGUGUGUGGUAGGGUGUGUGUGUGUGUGUGUGUGUGUGUGUGUGUGUGUGUGUGUGUGUGUGUGUGUGUGUGUGUGUGUGUGUGUGUGUGUGUGUGUGUGUGUGUGUGUGUGUGUGUGUGUGUGCUUUCUCGUUGCAGUACAAUAUUUUUUCUAACAUGGGAAAUGUAUAUUUCCCAGGCUGUUUAUAUAGAGCUGUGGAUGUUCAAGGGUUGGCAGCAUCGGUUGCUGUAGAUGUUAGCCUGUAGCCAGCCGAGCCGUGGAACAAGCGGAGGAACAGGAGGCAGAACGGGAGGAAGACUAAUAAAAAUCAUGAAAUUAAAAUGAGCCGCCCGCCAGUCAAAGCAGAGCAGAGAGGAGAAGGGUGGGUGAGGGGAGGGGAGGGGAGGAGAGGAGAGGAGAGGAGAGGAGAGGAGAGGAGAGGAGAGGAGAGGAGAGGAGAGGAGAGGAGAGGAGAGGAGAGGAGAGGAGAGGAGAGGAGAGGAGAGGAGAGGAGAGUGUUUGUGGGGCCACCCAUGCCAGGAGGAAACCUACCUCUCCCUCCUUCACUCUCUCUCUAUCUCUCUCUUUCCAUGUCCCUCCCUGCAUGCUUUAGCAACAAGCGUCAGGCAGCGAGAUGAGAGGAGAGGAAAGGAGGAGAGGAGAGAAAAGGAGGGGAGGAGAGCAGAGGAGAGUCCACUACUAGGCAGCACAACACACAUCAGCAUAUUUGUGCUGCUCUGACUGACUGCUCAUCUCUGUGUGCUUCUAUUUAAUCAGCCCACCCGCUUUUUAAGAGAACUAAUUCAUUGUCAGGCCUUUUUUCUGGGUAAUCCCCAAAUGGCAGUUUGAUUUGAUGGGAUUGGUCACGGAUGGGAAGGCCCUGCCUUGGAACAGAGAAUUGCACGACAGGCAAAACUGUCAGCAGAGUAUGAAUUGAGUAGGAGACAAGUGCUCAAGGCCGCUAGCCUUCCUUCUGUCUGUCUUCAAGGAACAUGUGCUGUACAAGUGGCACUCCUGUUCUGAUUUGUCUAGCAGUCCCCGAGCCUCGUUCCAGAGCAAACACUGUAUUAUUGACGUCUGCUAAUUCUAUACACAGCCGCAAAACACAAUCUAAAUUAUUUGAUUUCAAUGGAAGAUGUUUAAAAGCACACAAAACAAAAGCCACUCUCUCAGUCGCUCUGAAAUUGCAGUAGCCUGUAUGUAUCUGCAUAGAAGAGAUUGGCUGUGCAGUGCAGUGCUCUAGUGGUCCAUGUGAUAAAAUAUAGGCUGUGUGUGUCUGUGGCUGUGUGAUAGAGUGGCUGGGGUCGGAGGGCUGGGUUUAUCAAUCAUAGUGCCAGCCGGCCAGCCAGUAAGCAAGCCAGGCAGGCAGAGAGAGUGUGUCCUGGUCAGUCAGUGUGCUGCACAUUGGCACCAAGCUGUUAGAUCGAGGACAGAGAGAGGGGGAGAGGGAGAGGGAGAGGGAGGGAGAGAGAGAACAGGGCAGGAAUGAGACUGAUGGAUGGCUGCAGGCUGAGGCUCGAUUGGCUCUCUGCUUCUGCUUCCUAUCUGAUUGCCCUGCAAAGGUCCCUAGAGAUCCACUCUGCAGGUUGGGUUGAUAAUGGACUUGGAAAAUGGUAUGAGCGGUCUGUGUGGGUGUGUGCGUUCGUGUGUGCUUGUCUAUCUGUCUGUAUCUACCUGUCUGUGUCUUUUUGUGUCUGUCUGUCAGUCAGUCAGUCUGAAUGUCUGUCUGUGUAAUCUUAUUCUGAGUCUGUGUUUCUCUAUAUGUGUUCACUGGUACAGCUCCUCUUACCGUUUGACUGCUAUUGUUUUUCAGGCGUUGGAUGUAUGGGCCAUGGGAGUGACUCUCUACUGCUUUGUGUUUGGGAAGGUAAGCCAGCCAGCUCAUUUCUGUGACCAUUUUCUCUUCUGAUCACUACUUCUCAGCCUGCCAACAACUUGUUUGUUCAGUGACGUUCUAUGGGAGAAGAAGUGAAAGAGGGGUUUCUCCUAUGUAUAGAUAGACAUGACUGCUAGCACAGCUGGCCCCUCUCUAUAGCUUCUCACAGACGUCUAAUGGAACAGUGGAACAUUUAGCAUUUUAAUGAUCACUGUGUGCAGUCUGGUGCACAUCAUAUUUAUGCUCUUACCUAAGCAGCCGUCACUAGGGAUACAGACUUGUUUUGCCCCAAGAUGUUCUUAAAAUUGUAAUUAUAACUCAAAUGUAUAACGCUCACUUUUUUACCUCUCUUCUCUUCUACUCUCUACUCGUCUGUCCUCUCCUCUCCUCUUUUCGCUUCUCUACUUGCAGUGUCCGUUCAUCGAUGAAUACAUCCUGGUUCUACACAAUAAGAUCAGGACUAAAUGUGUGGAGUUCCCAGAGUCGUAAGUCUCUCUCUCUUUUUCUCCAUCGCCCCUUCCUCCUCUUUAUUAAAUGAGACAGACUUGAUGUUCCAGCCACCAUGACACCCCAGAGUUGAAACCGAUGCUGCCAACUUAGCUGUUGCUCAGAGGCAAAGCCCAUGCCUAGGAGUCACUCUCACAUACGCACACACACCCUUCAAAAGUAUGGGGAUGUUCCUAGUGAUUGUCAACUGAAUGUCAUGAAAAACAGCCCCUCUGAAGCCAAACCGGAGUGUCAGUAGUGGUUGCCUUCAGACACACUCACUCCCAGUCUCCUCUCUCCUCUUCUCUCCUUCUCUCUCGUUCACUCUAUCCUCUUAUCUCCUUCACUCUCUGAAAAAACACCCAAUGCCAGACAAAAAGUAGCCUGGAGGCAAUUCUAAUUCUCUGUGUCUGGUAUAGGAGAGAAAGAAAGAAGGAGAGUGAGAGAAAAACAUAGAGACGGGAGAGGGAGACAGAGAGAAACACAGCGAAACAAAGAAAGCGAGAGUGUCAGCUGAAGUAUGUGUGGGGAAGACAUGUAAUCUUGUCAUCCCCAGCCUAAUGAAAUAGUAUCCCUGUCUGUGUAGGACAUGUAAUCUUGUCAUCCCCAGCCUAAUGAAAUAGUCUCUGUGUGUGUGUGUGUGUGUGUGUGUGUGUGUGUGUGUGUGUGUGUGUGUGUGUGUGUGUGUGUGUGUGUGUGUGUGUGUGUGCGUGUGUGUGCGUGUGUCUGUGUCUGGUGUGGACUCUUAGCCGUUCUGUGUGGGAAGAUAGCGUACUGCUCCACAGUCCUCCUAACACAACAACAUCACAAUACAUAACGGGCUCAUCUCAAUGCAAACACCUUAUAAGAACACUGCCUGGGUUAGCUUAGUUACCACCACUGUUAUUAUUUAAGACGGAUACUGUUAGAGGAUUGCUACCUCUGUUCAUUGUCUUAUAUCUCAGAUGUUCUGUCUCUCUUGUGACUAUUACUGUGAUCAAUAACUGCUGUUAACAGAACUAUGUCUAAACACACCCCCUCAACCCCCCCACCCCCCAUCCACCCCACCCCACCCCACCCUCCCAAAGUUAAGAUGAUUAAUCAAUCCGGUGGCAUGUGAAAGGAAUUGGAUAGCUCUGUUGGCUGUUAUGUUAUACCUGGCAUGUUAUACCCAUGCUAUACCAGCCCUGACCUCUGAUCUCUGUGUAUUUCAUCUCUGUCUGUGUGUGUGUUCCUGUAGGCCAGAGAUCACUGAGGAGUUGAAGACUCUGAUCCUGAGAAUGUUGGACAAGAACCCUGACACCAGGAUCACCAUACCUGAGAUCAAGGUGAGGGGAGGAGAAACCAGUCAAGUGCUCCACCGUCAUCCCCCUGAGUUAGACCAAUGGUACUGUAGGAGGUUACCUGCGUAAGGUAGUUUCAAAAUGAUCAGGCAAUGCUGAACGGGUCAUGAGCAUGAUUGAACGUGUUCUCCAAGUAGAUUGCCAGAUCAACAGAUCAACAGCUGUCCUUAGUGUUAAAGAUAACACACACACACACAAAAAAACGUUCAAGGAAGGGAAGUCCCAAAACUAACGGUGAAGGCUGAAUCCUCUCUCCCUGCUAGUCUCUCUGUGACAGAGAGGGAGUUCUAACUUGUAAUCUGAUCUGUAGUCAGCGGAUCAGGGGCUGUGUGGGGGUGUGGGCAUGGCCUCCAGUUUCUCCAUCUCCUCAUCAGAAAAGUGCCACUGCUCGUCAGAGUUCCCAUGUUGCCUCUUCUGUGGAGGCGCCACUACCUCUUCCUCUUCUUUAUCAGUGUCCUCCGAGUCAGACCAGGCCUUUAUUUCCAGUUCCACUGGGUGCAUGCGGGCCUCUCUCUCAAAGUCAGCCCUCUGCAUCAGCUCCCUGUAUUAGAAGGCUUGAACUCAUAAAAGGACUGGAUGUUGUACUGGAGCAUAGACAUGAAUGUGGACAUUCAUGUGUACCAGAAGUCCUGGUACUGCUUCAUGCACAACUCUGGGAGACUGGGGGGUGGCCGCCUGCACUGGAACAGAAUAGGGCAAGGGAAGGAAAGGAAGGAAGAAAGAAAAAGAAAGCCAUGGAAUGUUUUAAAUUCAAAAUAGAAUGGCUUAGCUGCUAUCUUUGAUUAGCUUUCCAUGAAAUGCUUUCAAUGUACUCAAAGCCCCUGACACACACAGAGGAAGCCCGAACUACCCAGACCUGACCUCCUGGUGUCACCCCCUGACACAGUGACACACUGUGUGCUUACCUCCAUCUCCCCUCGCUCUCUCUCUCUCUGUCUGUUUGUGUGUGUGUCUCUGUCUUGUCUGUUUCUCACUCUCUCUCUCUCUCUGUCUCUCUAACUAUCUCUAUCUCUCUGUCUCUCCUGACGUCAGUCCUGACGAUAGACAGCCGUAGCCUUUAGAAGACUGUUUACAGCAUCAGGCAUUUCUAGAGUCGGCCCAAUAGAUUAGGUCGAUAAUUAUUCCCCCUCUCUCGCUCAGCUAGGCCUUGUGAGUGCUGUCUUUUUGCUUUUCUCUAUGUGUUUUUGUCCUGUUCAAUCAUUUCAGCAAGCCUCAAGUUGCCUUAUCGUCCGCCUCUCCAGUAAUGAUUUGACAAGGAUCUUACAGUAACUUUAGAUUCUUCUGCAUGGGCAUAUCUCUCAUGGUAGGAUUUGUCCAGUAUUGCCCAAGCACAUACCAUAGCAUUGUGACAUUCUGGUUGUGUGUGUCUCUCUCAGUUGGACCCGUGGGUCACCCAGGAUGGUUGUGACCCUCUGCCUCUAGAGGAGGAGCACUGCAGCGUGGUGGAGGUCACUGAAGAGGAGGUGCAGAACUCUGUCAAGUUUGUCCCCAGCCUGUCCACUGUGGUAAGGAGUCUAAAGUGUGUUUAUGUGUGUGUGUUUUUUUAUUGUGUGGGUGUGUGUGCCUGUGUGUGUGUGUGUGUACGCAUGCUUUUGUGUCUGCCUGCCUUCAUGGAUGUAGAAACAUGUGUUUGUGUGGUCAUGGGUCUGUGUGUGGCGUGUGCAUGUCUGUGUGUGAAUCAUUUGAUUCUAAGACCUGUGUGUGUUUCAGAUCCUGGUGAAGGCCAUGCUGCGGAAGAGAUCCUUCAGUAACCCCUAUGAGUGUCCCAGGAGUAGAGCGGAGAGGUCCAUGUCUGCACCUAGCAACCUGCUCAUGUGA